AUGCUUGUUGAAGCUUUCCUGAGCUGGCAGCAUGCGCGCACGCAGCUUCUGCCAAGCACGGCUGGAUUCCACAGGAUAGAAAGUUGCGUUCAUGCCAGUUCUCUUUUGGAACAUCCACUUGCGAAGGUUAGCUUAGCAUACCAUUACUUUGAGGCUUUUGGCUUCGUUGAAGAAACACACUCUUGUGCACAGGACAGCCUUAGCUUCGGAUACGCCAAAGCCGGCAUGACAGCCACCGACCCUGCAGCAGCCAUGGACGAAGCAGAGAUAGGAGGAGAUGUGGCUACAGAGAAGGGGAAGCCCGAACCCGGAGGCGAGUUGAUGUUAUUUGAUGACGGGUCCAUGACAGCGGACAAGGCGCAAUCCAGUGCCAUGAGUUUGAUUAUCAACUACGCGGACCCGGCACUGGCUGCGGGCACUGCUGUGCUGGGUUUGGGCUUGGUGGUGCUUCCUUUCCUUAGCAAGCUGAACAAGCUUUCCUCGGAGGACACUUUCCGCUACCGAGCUCACGGUGAGAUGAACUCCAAGCAGCAGAUGCGGAUAUUUACCGAGGCAGAGCUUCGCCAGAGAUUGGGGUCCUUGGAUGUGGACUCGGUAGCCAGCGAGAUCACCAUGAGCACAAACGAGCUGGACGAGCACAUGGAGACUUCCAGCAUGGAAGAGACAGACGACGAGGUCAGCAGAAUACAGAAGUGGCGCGACUCUGUGAAUGCCAACUUGAAGAGCUUGCAGAAACGCUCCGCACUGGCUUUCUUGGGCUUGCCCCCAGACUCCUCCAUGAAUGACAUCAAUGCCAUGUACAAGAAGAUGGCGUUAGAGCUUCAUCCGGACAAAGGUGGUGAUCCGGAGAAGUUUCAGGAACUCCAGGAGAUGAAGGAACGCCUCACAGACUUGGAGAAGGAUGAGGAGGACGGGAAAGAUGGAAAGAAGGACAACGAGGAGGACCCUGAGGAUGAGGAGGCUAGAAAGUUGAAAGAGAAAGAGGAAGAGGAGGAGAAGAACCGGCUACCACCCAACGAAAGGAUCAAGAAGCUCCGCAUGGAUGUCCACGACAACACGGUGAGGCUUUGGGAGCGAGCGAAGAAGUCCAGAGAUGAAAUCGUUGGAGACAAAGCCUUGAAGUCCAAUGCACAACCAGCUUUGAACAUUCUGCGCCUGUUUGUUGACCGGUUCGUGGCAAAUGAGAUCAAGACGUUGCGUCAUGACGACACCCGCGGGGCGGAAGCGAAGCUGAGGAAGUUCCUGAAGCAGGGGGCAGAGAUUUUGUCGGUUGCUGCUUUAGCCGAUGUCCAAGCCACCUUGUCGACCUUGGCGAUGCACUUCAACUACCGCCUCAUAGCUCGGAGCGGCUCGCCGGACAUCAAGAACAAGUGUGCCGCUUUGCUAGAAGCUGUUGGUGAAGUUCCUCAGCUCGCAGAGCAGUUCGUGCAGCAGAUGGAGACUGACCUGGCCGAUCAGAAAGAUCGUGACCGUCGUCGCAAGGAGCGGAUGGCCGCAGAGCAGCGCGAGCGCGAGGCACGCGGGGACUUCAGCGGCGAUGCUGGGAGCAAGGAUACCAAGCAGGAAGCCAAGCCAGAGGCGAAGCAGGAGCCGAAAGAUCAGAAGGACCAGAAGAAGGAGGAAAACGGUGGAUAUCCGGAAACGAAGGCGCCAGAGCCCCCAGAAGCCACGAAGAAGCCGGAUCCCUUUGCGGACUUUGAUUUCGCAGAGCCCAAGAAGCCACAGGCAACCACAGCAAAAGCAGCGCCGAAAUCCGAUGCGGUCGUAGCCAAGAAGGAGGACGAUCGUGGGGCCAUCCAGGCAGCAGUGAAGCAGAAGAGAACAUCUUGGGAUGCGGCAUUCGACCACCCCUACGCGGGGGCUCUCAAGUCCAACGGGACAGGAAUCUACUGCAGACCGUGCCAAAGAUGGAUCGUCACCUACGAGUACAACACGGAAGUGUUCUGCACCCAUGUCGAGCGAGUACAUCCGAAGCCUCCACCCGGCUACGACGGCUCAGACAGGCAGGUGGACUGGGAUCGAUUCGCUGAUGUUUUCCCGUUCCUGGUGUCAUUGCAGUUUGAGACGAGUUCUGGUACGACCUAUCAUAUCUGCGGAGGGACCAUCAUUCGAGAUCGCUGGGUGCUGACUGCGGCUCAUUGCUUGAAAACUGCGAAAAGCUUCGCUAACGACUACCAAGUAUGGUCCCUAGCAUCCAGGGACCAGAACGCCUGGGACAAGAAGGGGGUCGACUUGAUCGUGGUGCACCCGGAAUAUGACAUGGACAGCCUGGAUAACGACAUCGCCUUGCUGCGCUUGCCCGAAUCCCUCCCAAACGUCCCGCUGGUGCAGCUGGAGAGUUCCGAGGCGCGCCACAACGGGUCACAGGCACUCCUCGCUGGGUGGGGAAGCAUUGACGAGGCGUGCAUGCAGUAUGAGUUCAUCCUCAAAGAGGGCGAUUCUCACAUCGUGGGGGGUGAGCCCUGCGCGCUGGGCAGCCAGUUUUUCAACUGGACGGAGCGUAUCUGUACCGAGCACAUCAAUGCCACAGGCAAAGAUAUGGCAGGUGCUGGCUGUGGCGACAGCGGCGGGCCUUUGUUUGUGAAGGAGAGUGGCGAGUUGAUGCAGGUGGGGGUCGUUUCGCACACUGCAGCCGGGCGCGAUGUGUUCACCCGAGUGUUCACAUACCUGGACUGGAUCAAUGAUGUCAUGAGUUCACCACCAGCUGAUCAUAUGAUGAUCCCGCCGAGAUGCCAUGGUUCAUGCUGCGACGAUGGGGAAUACUUAGAUCGCUGGAGCGAAGAAUGCUGGACUUGGCAGGACUAUGAUUGCGAUCCCGUGCUUGGCGGCCUGCCCAACCAGGAGAGGGUUGAGCUGCUGGACAAGUGCAAGGCGACUUGUAUGAGGUGUCCUCUUUGCGAGGCGACGAACAGCAGCUGCUGCGACACCGUCGGGUUCAGAACUGGCAACGGACACCUUUGCACUCAGUGGGUAGGCACCGACUGCACCACAGCUACAUCCCAGUAUGGCUACCAGCCUGCAGACAUGGCAGAGCUUAUAGAAAACUGCCCUUUCAGCUGCGGCACCUGUCGUGCAGGUACGGACUGCACAGACACGGCGUACUUCGCGGACCCCUACGGAUACAGGUGCGAUGGGUGGAAGGGGUACGACUGCACGCAGGCCGUGGAAGUCUUUUCCUAUGCCCAAGAGGUCGAAGAUAUGGUGUUGAAGCACUGCCCACUGUCUUGCGGCAGCUGCACACCACUCUCAUCAACUGUCAGUGUGACGAGUUCAACAGCAAGCACCUCUUCCAGCUCUACCGCUGCCACCAGCACCAUGACGACUUCAACCGCAAGUGCCUCACCCAGCUCUACCGCCACCCACACCACAACGACGGUGACGACUGGGUCUACGGUGACAAAUACAAAGACUGUGACUAUGGCUAAGACAUCGGGCACGACCACUGUGUCUAAGUCUGAAGAGGAGGAGCUCUCGUCAAGCAUCAGUUCGAGUGGUGCCGCAGUAUUGACCAUGGUGCUUGUUGCCUGGGCCAGGUUCGUUUAA